AUGCAGCAGAACUUCGACAAUAUUAGCACAAUUCAUCCUCAGAAAAUCGUCGUCUUAGACCGCGGCGAUUACACAUCGUGCACGUUAAAUCUCCACGGCGCCACCGUAACCUCCUGGAGGAUAAAGAACCAGGAGAUGGUCUUCGUCAGUCGGCAGUCCCACUUCACGGGAUUGUCCCAUAUUCGAGGUGGCAUUCAGUUCGUAUUCCCCGUGAUGGGUUCGUGGAUAUUCGGCCCCAACCACGGAUUCGCCAGGGACUUGCCCUGGGACUUGGAAGAAGGUCCCAAUAAAACGGACACCGGUGACGUCUAUGCCAUCAUCAGACUCACUGCGAACCCAUACACGAACGCCUUGUGGGCGUACAAGUUCAAGUUGUACUACAAGAUCACGCUUUACGAGUACAAGAUCGUUUUUAACAUAGGCGUAGAAAAUAUCAGCGAAAUCUACCCGUUUGAAUUCAAUAUCAUGCAACAUUCAUUGAUGAGGGUCCCGGAUGUGACCAAGUGCGAAUUUAUUGGAUUUAAAAACUGUAGAUACAAAGAUUGUUUGAAGAACAAUGAAAUGAUGAAGGAGGAGAGGGAGAAAGUUACGAUUUCCGAGCACACGGACAGGAUUUACAUAAAUGCGCCCAACCAGGUGGUGGUCACAAAUGUGAUGAAAGGUGGGUCACUGAAAAUUGUGAAGAAGAGGACCAGGGAUAUUAAUCUGUGGAAUCCGUGGACAGAAAAGUCUUUAACAAUACCCGAUUUAGGUAACAACCGGUAA